GCAGAGCAGCACUCAAGACAAAUCUCUCUGGUUCUCUCUCAGCUUAAUCCAGCAGGUUUUUCCCAACAACAAAUACUGAGUGUAGACAUGGCUGCUGCCAGCUGUCUGCUGACUGAACAUCAGUUCCUGUGCUCCAUCUGUCUGGAUGUGUUCACUGAUCCAGUCACCAUACCAUGUGGACACAACUUCUGCAAAUCCUGCAUCACUGAACACUGGGAUAUUAACAUCCCAAGUCAGUGUCCUAACUGUAAAAGGGUUUUUAACACCAGACCUCAGCUGCACAUCAACACGUUCAUCUCUGAGAUGGCUGCUCAGUUCAGACAGUCAGCUCAACAGAAACCAGGAGAAGUUCCCCGUGAAGUCUACUCAGGAACCAAACUGAAGGCCUUGGUGUUGUGCCUGUUCUAUGUGGUGUGUUUUAUGAGUGUCUGCAUGCUCAGGAUGGUUUUAGAUAAGGAAAGACAUGGUGUUGUUCCUCUGAAAGAAUAUGUGCAUAAAAAGGUUGUGCUGGGGAAGACAGAGGUGGAAAUUCAGCAGAUGAUCCAGAAGAGACGACUCAAGAUUAAGGAGAUCAAACGCUCAGUGGAGCUCAGCUGGAAGGACGCUGGCAGUGAGAUAGCAGAUGGUGUUCAGGUCUUCACCGCUCUGAAGGAGUCUGUUGAGAAAAGCCAGGCCGAGCUCAUGGACACGAUCAUAGAGAAGCAUACAAAGACAGAGGAACAGGCUGAAGGCUUCAUCAAAGAGUUGAAACAGGAAAUAUCUGAACUGAAGAAGAGAAGAGCUGAAAUGAAGCAGCCCUCACACUCUUAUGACCACCUCCACUUCCUCCAAAGCUUCUUGUCCCUGAACGCUCACAAGGACUGGACAGAAAUCAAUGUCUGUCCACCUUCAUAUAAGGGAACUUUGAGGAGAGCUGUGAAUCAGUUGCUUGCUGGAGCUGAGCUGAAGAGGGUCCAGCAGUAUGCAGUUGAUGUGACACUUGAUCCUGAUACAGCAAAUCCCUUUCUUGUCCUAUCUAAUGAUAAAAAACAAGUAUAUGAUGGUGAUAUACAGGUGAAUCUCCCAGACAACCCAGAGAGAUUUGAUUCUUGUGUUAAUGUCCUAGCAAAGCAGAGUUUCAUUUCAGGAAGAUUUUAUUUUGAGGUUCAGGUUGAAGGGAAGACUGAGUGGACUUUAGGAGUGGCCAGAGAGUCGAUCAAAAGGAAAGGAUACAUCACAGUGAGCCCUCAGAAAGGUUACUGGACAAUAUCUUUGAGGAAUGAAAAUGAGUACUGUGCUUGUGCUGGCCCUGAUGUCAGUCUCUCUCUGAAGUCUCGGCCUAAGAAGGUGGGAGUGUUUGUGGAUUAUGAGGAGGGUCUAGUUUCCUUUUAUGAUGUUGAUUCUGCAGCUCUUAUCUACUCCUUUACUGGCUGCUCCUUCAGUGAGAAACUCUACCCAUUCCUCCGCCCCAGUCUUAAUUAUGGUGGUAAAAACUCUGCCCCUCUGAUCAUCUCUGCUGUCCAUCACUGAGUAGUACAACCAUUUCAUUUUCUACAGAAAGAUCCACUUUCAUUUGUAAUAAAUCUAUUUUUGUUGUAGGGCUGUGAAGUUCUGGUCAGUUGGUCGAUAUGCUCUUUGCUGAUCAAAGUCUCUUUGGUUGAACAGUCGCUGUUGUUACUUAAUUAAUGCUGUGUGUUUCCUUUCUCAGCUGGAAAUGGCAGUUGUUGUUAGGCACCAUCACAGAAUGGUUGGUCUUCAUGGUUUUUCUCCUGCUCCUUCUUCACUGUGGCUGGAUGGCUGGUGACAAUGACAGGUGCAGCAUUUUACCCAGUUCAAGGCUGGAUUAUAAAGCUACUGAAAGGGAUGCAAUCACACCGGAGCCCUUGUUGGCGUGGCAGGAUGGCUACCGUACUGGACUAAAAAUAGUAAGUCUCCUUAGUAAUGUUUGUAUGACAUCAUUAACCCCAGAGUUAACUUCUGUAGUAUCCAGUAUGUCAUAUUUUUCUCAGCAGUCCUGUGGCAUUCCACUCGCCUGUACACAAAGUUUACUUGCCCUGGGCGAGUGUUGAUGUUGAGCUCUGUGACAGGAAAAAAACACUUUGAUGGACUCAUCUACCAGGUAGAGUGCACUGUGGCCAAUUUAGUUAACCAAGAGAUAACGUACUUAUCUUUUUCCUGAUCAACCAAUCAAUUGAUUGAAGAGUACGCAGAAUUUCAGACGACCAAGAUUUUCUAUUGAAUACAGCUCUAAUUUAAUGGUGACAUAUGGUGUAUUCAUUGUUGGGGUUUUCUUUCACAUCAGGGAUGUCAGUUUGGGUUAACCUGCAAAAAGCUGUGUAACGGGAAAAUAUUUAUAUAUAUACAUCCACGGGUACGAGCAGGGGUAAAGGGGUAACUACACACGGGGAAGCAGUGGGUGAGAAAAAAAAAAAAAUUUAUAUUUUUCCAGAAUAAAACAAAUGAAAAAGAUA